GGUUCAACAGUCGCCAUUCAACGUGACGUCAUGAACUAGCUGUUCGACCUUAUUGCGAACAGAAACGCGUUUCGUUGUUCUUGGAGGAAUUGUUCGUUUGGAAAGGCACGACAAUAGACGUUUCAACUUGAACAUUGAACGUUUGGGCUUUUAAAUCUCCGCGUGGCUUCUGUUUUGCUGAAGAAGACGAGCGGUUAUACCCCCUCCCCCUGUUUCCGGUGUGCAGGCGGAAGUAGCUAUGAGCUCAGGCCUCAUACUUCCAAUGGCGACCGAAAACUGGCCGAACAGAAAGCGGGAGCAAUCGUGGAGGGGUACGAAGCGUACAAUCGACAUUAAAUAAUUAUUUAAUUUACAAACUACACAUAAAGUUCGUCUCCAAAUACCGUUUUCUUUGAGCUAUGGCCGAUACUACAGCCAGAAAUGGGAGUAUUUCACCCCUUGAAUCGGAGUUGUAUUACUUGAUAUCGCGCUAUUUGAGCACGGGGCCGUGUCGGAAAGCGGCCGAGGCUCUUGUGUGCGAGCUGGAGGAAAAUCAGCUCCUUCCACGUCGAUUGGAUUGGGAAGGAAAUGAACACCCGCGAUCUUAUGAAGAUUUGGUUGCUGCCAACAGACACAUCGCACCAGACCACCUUUUGCAGAUAUGCAAGCAGAUUGGUCCAGUUCUGGACCGAGAGGUUCCGUCUGGUGUGCCAGGAGUGCACUCUCUACUGGGGGCUGGGAAACACUCUUUACUGCGAAGAUCAAAAGACUGCGGCAGUAGCAGAUGGAAAGCCUCCACGUUCGCGGCCCUUCAUAGAGGGAGACCACCAGAGAGGCCUUUAAGCUGCAGGGAUGCCAAUAUAGUGGAGGUGUGUCGAGGCAGAGUGCUCACAGGAGCUCAGCGCUUCAGCACUAUCAACCCUGUCAGCAAUUAUCAGCACAUGAGGAUGCACAGGAGGAUCCUGGGACAUCUCUCUGCUGUGUACUGUAUCGCCUUUGAUCGAACAGGUUCCAGGAUUUUUACGGGUUCCGACGAUGCCUUGGUGAAGAUCUGGUCCUCCUUUGACGGAAGGCUUCACUCCACUCUCAGAGGACAUUAUGCUGAGAUAUCAGACCUCGCCGUUAACUUUGAGAAUACCCUUAUUGCGGCCGGGAGCUGCGACAAAAGCAUUCGAGUCUGGUGCCUUCGUACUUGCGCCCCAGUGGCGGUCCUGCAGGGCCACAGUGGAUCUAUUACCUCUUUACAGUUCUCUCCAUUUGUCAAGGGCUCCAAAAGGUACAUGGUGUCCACAGGAACUGAUGCAACAGUGUGUUUCUGGCAGUGGGAUGUGAAUAAUAACUGUUUCAGUGAUCGUCCACACAAAUUCACAGAGAGGCCGAGGCCUGGUGUUCAGACAGUCUGCUCUUCCUUCAGCCCUGGUGGCAUGUUCCUUGCAACAGGAAGCACAGAUGAUGUCAUCAGGAUAUAUUACCUGGGCAGUGGCUGUCCAGAAAAACUAGCUGAGCUUGACUCUCACACAGACAAGGUGGACAGCAUCCAGUUCUGUCAUUCAGGAGAGAGGUUUGUGAGUGGCAGUCGAGACGGCACUGCUCGUAUAUGGCGACUGCAUCAGAAACAUCAAUGGAAGAGCAUUUUAUUGGACAUGUCUGCCACUCUUCCAGGGUCUGCACCUUUAACAGAGGACGAAAAUUUCUUCAAACCCAAAGUCACCAUGGUGUCCUGGGACCGCCAUGACAACACAGUCAUUACCGCCGUCAACAAUUAUCUUCUCAAAGUGUGGAAUUCCUAUACUGGACAGUUGCUUCAUAUCCUUAAAGGUCACGAGGCAGAGGUGUAUGUUUUGGAGCCACAUCCCUAUGACCCUCGUGUCAUGCUGUCUGCGGGCCAUGAUGGGAAUGUCUUCAUAUGGGACCUCACCAGAGGCAUUAAAACCAUGCAUUACUUUAAUAUGAUUGAAGGUCAAGGACAUGGUGCUGUAUUUGACUGUAAGUUCACCCCUGAUGGCCAUCGCUUUGCAAUGACAGACUCUCAUGGACAUCUGGUUAUUUUCGGGUUUGGGAGCUCCAAGCCUUAUGAGAAGCUUCCAGACCAGGUGUUUUUCCACACUGACUAUCGGCCACUGAUCCGGGACUCAAAUGGGUUUGUUCUGGAUGAGCAGACCCAGCAGGCCCCACACCUGAUGCCUUCUCCCUUCCUGGUGGACGUGGAUGGGAACCCUCACCCUCCCAGAUUCCAAAGACUGGUCCCAGGAAGAGAAAACAUUGCAGAUGAGCAUUUAGUUCCUCAACUGGGUUAUGUCGCUACAAGUGAUGGUGAGGUCGUGGAGCAGGUGAUCAGUCAGCAGUCUGCAGAGAGUGAGGAGGUUCGUCACAGCGCCCUGGAUUUUGCCAUCCGCCAACUUCAACAGCAUCAUGACAGACAGGUUGUAGCUCAGGGAGAGGGUGGCAUUCCUGCUGCUGCCCGUGUGCCAGACCCUGGAACUCCCCGCAGAGUGUCGCUGAACGAGCGCAUGGAUGUGCAGUCUCCACCUAACGUGGGUUUACGGCGCAGUGGACAGGUAGAGGGAGUUCGGCAGAUGCACCAGAAUGCUCCACGCAGUCAGAUGGCAACAGAGAGGGACCUUCAGGCCUGGAGACGCAGGGUGGUGGUACCUGAGCUUACGGCAAGUGGCUACAGGGCGCAGGAGUCAUUCAGAACAUCCAAGGGCGAUGAGGAGGUCAGCCUUUACAACAUCAAGAGAAGAAGAGUAACCCACGCCAGCUUCAGGGAUGAUUCUGAUGAAGAGGGGCCGUGCCUCAAACGUGCGCAGUCACGCAAACGGCAGAAAAACCAGCAACGUAAAGAGAGUCUGGCUGAAGAGUACAUAGAGUUCUCAUGUGAGGAAGGAGAGGAGACGGCAUCUUCCGAGGAUAGUGAAAUGGAGGGCAGUGAUGUUGAUUUGUCCAUUGAGGAUGAAGAGGAAUGGAGGAGUGAUAGCUCAAGCCACUCCUCCAGUGAUUAUUCCGACUGGAUGGCAGAUGCAGGAAUAAAUUUGCGACCGUCCGCGUCUCCGUCCUCCCGACGACGUGCUUCCCGCAGGAUCAGCAGCUCUGAGGAAGAGGAUGAGGAGGAUGAAGAUGUAGCGGAUGAGGAGCAAACUCUAGAUGAAGAGGAGCAGAUGUCUUCACCCAGAAAGCACAAGAAGGCCAAAAGCAAAAUGCCAAAGCCACCAAAACCGAGGCCUCCCAUUAACAGAGAGAUCUCAAAUGAGUUCCGUCCCCCAGCUUGGAUUACUGACGUCAUUCCCCGAAAGUCCCCCUUCGUCCCUCAAAUGGGAGAUGAGGUCAUCUAUUUUCGUCAGGGUCAUGAGGCGUAUGUGGAUGCAGUCUGUAGGACAAACCUGUACCCCAUUAACCCAGACAGACAGCCAUGGAAGAAGAUGGAGUUAAGAGACCAAGAGUUUGUGAAAAUAACAGGGAUCAAGUAUGAAGUCUGCCCACCAACCCUGUGUUGUCUGAAACUGACCCAGAUUGACCCUGGAACAGGCAAAAUAACAGACCGAUCCUUUUCAAUAAAAUAUCAUGACAUGCCUGAUGUCAUUGAUUUUCUGGUGCUGCGUCAAAGCUACGACGAGGCGCGGAACAGAAUGUGGAGAUCGAAUGAUCGGUUUCGCUCCGUGAUCGAUGACGCCUGGUGGUUUGGGACCAUAGUUUGUCAGGAGCCAUAUCAGGCCGAGUAUCCAGACAGCCAUUUUCAGUGCUUCAAAGUCAAAUGGGAUAAUGGCGAGACCGAAAAGCUGAGUCCAUGGGAUGUGGAAGCUAUUCCUGAAAAUGCUGAACAGCCGGAGUCGGAGAGCGCAGGAGUGCCAGUGACAGUUGAGGAGAUGAUUGAUAUCCUGUAUAAACCUCAGGAGGGUGAAUGGGGGGACAGGGGUCGAGACCAAGAGAGCGCACGCAUCAUUGCAGGCAUAGAACAGCUUGUGACUGUGGAUAUGAACAAAAGUCUUACAGGUUUGGAACGACAUGAGGACAUCACAGCACCUUUCUCUGGUCCGGUCGAUCUUUCUCAGUAUCCUACAUAUUGUGCUGUCAUUGCAUAUCCCACUGACCUGAACACCAUCAAACUGCGGCUCAAGCACAACUUCUACAGGAGGCUGUCUGCACUGAUCUGGGAUGUUAAACACAUUGAACAAAAUGCCAAGACCUUCAACGAGCCCCGCAGCAAGAUUGCAGAAUCUGCAAAAAUCAUAACAAAUGUUCUUCUGAAGUUCAUAAGUAAACCUCACUGUACAGAUAUUAUGGAGAUCUAUAAUGCCGUUGAGAACAUGGAGUACUCUGACGAUGAGGACAUGGAUGACAUUGAUGCACCUGGACCCUCUGCUGGACAAAGACUUCGCCAGCCAUCAGUGGAGGUCGUGCAGGACAGGGACGCAUGGAAGUACCACUGCAAACGUUUACUGGACUACAUGUUUGUGUGUGAGGAUUCAGAGCCUUUCCGGGAUCCCGUAGAUCAGAGAGAAUAUCCGGAUUACGGUAAUAUUAUCGACAUGCCUAUGGAUCUUGGAACUGUGCGGCGGACUCUUGAAGAAGACCACUAUGAAAAUCCCAUAGACCUGUGCAAGGACACCAGGCUUAUUUUUGCCAAUGCUAAAGCCUACACGCCAAACAAACGGUCAAAGAUCUACAGCAUGACUUUGCGACUUUCAGCGUUUUUCGAAGAGAGUAUACGCAAAAUCAUUUCUGACUACAAGACUGCCGUCAAAAGUAGCUUGAAGCUGCGACGCAGUCAGAGAUUCAGGAAAAAGUCUCAGCAUCAGGACUCGGCUCUUUCCAACCAAGGAUCCACACGUCAAAAGAGGGCUACUAUAAAAACUCAGGAAAAUACAGAACAGUCUACAGCCAAAUCUACCUCAGCCAAAGUGUCUGGACCAGAGCGCCGCAGAGUCAAUGAAGCCAAGGAUACCUUCAGACGGAGUAGCUCAUCUUCAUCCGGGUCUGAUCAUGACAGCAAACAAUCUUUGAGUCAGUCGGAAGAGGAUGAAGAACCUUCAUCUUCGUCUCGUGUCUUCAGACGAGAGACUAGAGCCACGAGAAGAGCUGCACAGAAUAAAGGAGCAAAACGAAAACAUGAGAGCCAUGCCAAGAUGAAUGGGCACAGCAGGUCACAUGAGCGUCAGAGACCACGACCCUGCAGCGAUUCUGACCAAGAGCAUUCACAAGGUUCAGACACCUCAGAAAACGAGUCAUCGUCUUCUGUCAAUCGUCGGCCAAGGACCCGCAAGACCGCCAUGGCAGCGGUCAAUAAGAUGAAACUCAUGGAUACCCUGGAAGACGGUGACGGCUCGGAUGAGGAGGGUCAUGGAGGCGGCACACGGCCCGCAACCCGUGCUAGCAAACGCUCUGCUGUCAUUCAGAGCAGUUCUGAUUCAGACGAAGAGGAAGCUUCUCAGGAGGAGUCAAAUGAAAGUGACGCUUCUGCUAGUGAAGAAGAGAAGAGUGGUGUGAGCGCAGACAGUGACUCGUCUUCUCACAGCAAAAAGGAGAGAUCAUCUGCUGGCCGCAGACCAUGUAGACGAUCAGCAGAGAAAAAGGAAAUGUCUCCUUUCGUUAAUGGACACAGCACCAAACGACAGUGGGAGGACAGUGAGGACAACUCAAAUGAUGAGGGGAGUCAGAAUGAAAGUGUGAAUGGGGAGUCGGACGAGGACCUCGUUGUCAGGCGGAAGUCCACCAGGAAGACCGCAAAAGCCGCUGUCAGUAAAAUAAAGAAACUGAAUGACACCGAUGCCGAAGAAGAGGAAAAUUGCUCCAGAGACCGACAUCAGAAACCUCGGCAAAGCAAGCAAGAUUCUGAAAAGAGCUCUGAGGAGGAUGUUGAGGUUCCCAGAACUCAAAAGCACCCUCAUCAAAAUGGAAGAAAGGUGGAUACGAAAGAGCUGAAAAAAAGUAAAGCAUCAUCAGACAGCCAAAAACAGCAAGUUACCCACAAAAAAACCUUAUCCACAGAUGCAUUAAUGUCAACAACCCAGGACUCAGAGGAACUCAGCGACGUUUCAGAAAAAUCUCUCGCACACAGGAAGAGAAUUAAAUCAGAAGACGAUGAGAAUCAAAGCAAUGAUGCAGAAGAAAAAAGGUCCCUCAGAAACAGAAAAUGGGCAUCCCACGCGCGCAAAAAGAAACUCGAUGCGAGGUCGGAUGCCUCCAGUUCGGAUAGCAAAGGGAAGGUAGAUCGGAGGAGGAGGAAAAAGGUGGGCACUUUCUCCGAUGAGUCGCUAAAGAGCGAAGCAUCAGAGGAAGACAAGCCGACGCAUCCAAGGAGGAAGCCUUGCCUUACAGUUGCAUCCAAAGGAAAAUCACUUCGAAAUCUUCCCAAGAAGAGCUACAUUAUGGAGGACUCGGAUGAAGAAUUCAGUCCUGAGAUGGAGAUUCAAUCGAAGAAUGGGAAGAGCAAGGAGCGGACCAUCUCCCGGGCAAGAAAACCAUCAGGCGGCGGCGACUCCAAAAGGAAACGUGGUGGCUCCUCAGAGUCUGAAGACACGGACAACAAAAGUAGUAGGACCAGUGAUGAAAACGAGUGCAUGGAACCUCAAAGAAAGAGCGCAAAGCGCUUCAAGCCCUUGAGCGGCUCGACGGACUCUGAGAGCGACUCCGAAACUAGAUGCAAAUCGGAGAAUGGUCGAGAACAAAGGCCUCAGGAGACGAAUCCCAAAGCAAGCCGACGACGGCGGAAGCAAAGCAAAAGCGACGACGGAAGCAACGACGACUCUGAGAGCGAAGAGUCUGGGGAGUCUGAAUCGGAUGCCAGCUCAGGUUCACGGAGCAGUCCAAAGAGAAGGCUAAGAAACCGUGACCGAGGAACGGCGCGCUCGAGGAAACGUCAGAGGGAUGUUUCCGACGAGGAUAGCGACGUGUCGUAUGGGAAACCUCGACGGGCCACACGCAUCCGGACCAGAAACGGAGGCAAGCGGACUGUGAAUUACCAAGACAGCGAAUGAAGGACACUAACUGGAGACCUUGAAGACACUUGAUUGUCCCAACAUUAAAACAAUGGUAGUAGCACUGGAGUCCUCACUAUACUGUGAAUCAGUUCCAUUCAGGGAUAUUUAUAUUUUCUAUGAAAAAAAACAAACGAAACAAAUGAAUUAUAAAUAAGAUGUAUUUGAUCUACUGGUUUGGCUGUUCAAACCAGCCCCACUCUGUGAUUCGGCCAACAGGACAGACUGCAUAGAGAAGCAUUAUUUGCUUGGGUGCUAUCUUAAUAUACCUCCUGUUUAAUCGAGCAUAUUUGCUGGCUUGCACUAAAAGGCACACUGUAAUGAGGUAUUUUAUACACUAGAUCUGCAUUAGAAACUCAGGGGUCAACUACGUUUACCAUAUUCUCAGACUUGCAUUUGUUUUUUUAUUUUUAGUUCUAGGAUUCUAGUGUCAUAUUUUCCACGUAAGCAUUUAGGUCCAAACACCCUUUAUGAAAACGAACAAGUCGUCUUUGACACACAAAUUCUGUAAUGUCACUGUUGAAGGGAUCGUCGAGCCAAAAUGUACAAAUGCUUUUCCUUAUGGUUCCUCUUUGUUUCGAUUUCUUUGACCAUAUUUCCAGGUUUCUGAGAAUCAGUUUGUAGCAAAGUAUUGUAUAUUUAAAUUCCUCUGUCAAGCAUUAAUUUUCUUUUUGUAUUCAAUUAAAAUGAAUUGCCAUGCCAUGAACUAUGAAUUGGUACCUGUUUGCUAAGUACAGUAAAUCAAAUGAGUACUUCCAGCAAAGUACUGUGAUUUCUCAUAUUGGGAAGAUGUUUUAGUGAUCUGUGUUGCAUACUUUCAGUAUUAAUUCCUUUUCUGACUUAACUUAUGGACAGCAAUGAACUUUUGUACACAAGUCUUUGAAUUGUGCAUCGCAGUUUAUGUAAUGCAUUUGUCAAUUGGCAUUUUGCUUGAUGUCUUUUUCAUAAGAGCUUCUUUAAUACAAGAUUCACUGAGGAUGUUAAGCCUGUUGGCCGCUGAAGUGGGAGAGGGAUGACUUCCUAUGAAUAAAGUACUGUUUCAGGUUGGAAUUGGA